ACUAACAAACAUGGAUGUAAACAACGCUGAAUUUAAAUACUUAGAAAAACUCAACUGCUAAUAUAUUUCAUGGGAAAAGAAUGCUCUCAUCACGUUUGUUUGACAUCAAGGAUACAUACAAUGUAUUUUGGCUAUGCUGAAGCGACGAGAUACGCCUGAGUGCCUGGCGAAGUAUAACCAGAUAAGAAGACAGCAGCAUUAGAUGUUACGAACUGGCGUGCAGUCAUGAAUAAAAUGAAGAUGUGCAUCCACCUUGACAGGUGAAGGCUAAUACAGAUUAUCCUUCUUAUCAAAGGGACCUCAUACAUGAAGAAAACCAGUAACCCAUUUUAUAUGAGAGAAAACAGAAUAAAAAACAGCUACAUCUAAAUGUAAUCUGCAAUAUACAGCUUCUUGUUUUACUCAAAACAGACACCUGUAAUUAAUUGUCCUGUUUAAAAGCAUCAGACACUGUCUUGAUCAUCAGAGGGGCCUUGUUUUAAUCAGAUUAGAGGAUUAGGAUUGUUUCUGCAGAUUACUUUAUAACCCAGAUUGAGGGAGAGGAGAGGGAUUCUUCAACUGGAUUUCAAGGGAGAAGGACUGCUCUUUGUAAACAUCCAAAAUGCCAGUCAUAAACAUGGACGACCUGACAGACAAGGACAAGGCUCUAAUGGAAGUAAACCAACUUAAAACUGAAAUAAAACUGGAAAGGUGGUUGACAUCUAAGUGCUGUGAGGAAAUCAAGGCAUACAUUCAGGCUGCAGAGGAAGAGGACGUCCUUUUCAAAGGCAUUGCAGAGGAUAAGAACCCCUUCAAGGAAAAAGGUGGCUGUGUCAUCUUCUAAACUGAACCUGAGGAGCUUUUCAUAUCUCAGAUUAGCACCAAACAAUAUUCUCCUUCCCCCUCAUAAAAUGGAUUUGCAGUCUGAGAAGAUGGAUAUAAUAAAAAGAAAGAUAUUACAAAAGUUCCCAUGUAAACUAUUCCCCCUCUUCUAGCCAGAUGUAUAGCCUUAUAAAAGUAUUCUUUGAAAAGAUGCAAUAAAAAAAGUAGUAUUUGGCAUGGUUAUGUAAUCCUUCUCUCUCAUGUGAUGCAUAGUCUGGGAGAAUGGGCCCAUGUGUUGUGUCAUAUACAGAAGCAACUGUCAUUAAACAAGCUUGUUUAUAAAUCAGCUUGUCUCCAUCAUAACUGUGAAAGGUUUCAGACAAUAUAUAGUUGCAUAAAUCA